GUGGUGUCCAUGUCCAGCUUCAUCCCCCAUCCCCGGCCUGCCGAGCCGGUGAGGAUGGGGCUACCGGCCCUCACCCUACUGCUGGCUGUGGGGCUCCUGCACACGCAGGCCUCCCCCUCGGCACGCUCUUUCCAGCUGGAUUAUGAGCACAACUGCUUCCGCAAGGACGGUACCCCUUUCCGCUACAUCUCAGGCAGCAUCCACUAUGCUCGUGUCCCGCGCCCUGCCUGGAGGGACCGGCUGCUCAAGAUGUACAUGAGUGGGCUCAAUGCUGUGCAGGUCUAUGUUCCCUGGAACUAUCAUGAGAUCCUACCAGGGGUUUAUGACUUUUCUGGGAACCGGGAUGUGGAAGCCUUUCUGGACCUGACAGCUGAGCUGGGACUUCUGGUGAUCCUGCGGCCGGGGCCAUACAUCUGUGCAGAGUGGGAGAUGGGUGGCCUGCCUGCCUGGCUGCUGUGGAAACCAGACAUUGUUCUGCGCUCCUCUGACCCUGCCUACUUGGCAGCUGUGGACUCCUGGCUCCAUGUCCUGCUGCCCAAGAUUGUGCCACGCCUGUACCAGCAUGGGGGAAACAUAAUCAGCAUGCAGGUGGAGAACGAAUAUGGGAGCUACUACACCUGUGACUAUGGGUACAUGUGGCACCUGAUGGGCUCCUUUCGGAUGUUGCUGGGGAGUGAAGUGCUGCUCUUCACCACUGACAGCACGCGACCAGAGGAACUGCGCUGUGGCACACUGCCAGGGCUCUAUGCCACCAUUGACUUUGGGCCAGGCACCAAUGUGACAGAGGCAGAUGGGUGCCAGGAGCCCCAGCUCUGGGCAGGUGACAGUUCCUUUCUCCCCCAGGUAAACUCCGAGUACUACACAGGCUGGCUGGACUACUGGGGGGAGGCACAUGCCAGCACCAGUGCAAUGCAGGUGGCCCAGGGGCUGGAGGACAUGCUGCAGCUGGGAGCCAGUGUCAACAUGUACAUGUUCCAUGGAGGGACGAACUUUGCCUACUGGAGUGGUGCUGACUACAAGGACCAGUACAAACCAGUGACCACCAGCUACGACUAUGAUGCACCCCUCUCAGAGGCAGGAGACCCCACUGAGAAGCUGUUUGCCAUCCGCACAGUCAUCAGCAAGUUCCAGCCCCUGCCAGUUGGUCCAAUGCCACCUGCCACCCCCAAGUAUGCCUACGGCUGGGUGUCCCUGCAGAAGUAUGCUAACCUCCUGGAUGUCUUGGAUGUGCUCUGCCCCUCUGGGCCCAUCCAGAGCCAGUUCCCCCUCACCUUUGAGGCCAUAAAGCAGGCCCACGGCUUUAUGGUGUACCACACACAGCUGCCCCAGGAUGUCCCGGACCCAGUCCCACUGCGUGCUCCUCCCCACAGCAUCUGCGACCGUGGCUAUGUGAUGCUGCAGAAGGAGUACCAGGGGACGUUGGAGCGGGAUGGGCAGACAACUUUACAUGUGACGGGCAGGGCAGGGGACACCCUGCAUGUGGUCCUGGAGAACAUGGGCAGGAUCAGCUUUGGCGCCAACACCAGUGACUUCAAGGGCUUGCUGGGAAACCUCUCCUUGGACUCCAGCCCUCUCAGCAACUGGCUGAUCUAUCCCCUAGCCAUAGACACUGCAGUCCAGCAGGGCUGGCCCCACACUGCCCUGCCAAAAUCAAGCAAUGGGAGCAGAGCAGGGCCAGCCUUCUACACCGGGACCUUUGAGACCUCUGGCAUUGCCUGGGACACCUUUGUUAAGUUCCCAGGUUGGACCAAGGGCCAGCUAUGGAUAAAUGGCUUCAACUUGGGCCGGUACUGGACGCACCGUGGGCCCCAGCAGACCCUCUUCGUGCCUGGCUCAGUGCUGCAUGUUGACUGUCCCAACAACAUCACAGUGCUGGAGCUGGAAGGGGCACCCCCCACCCCCCUCUUGCUCUUCCUCGACCAACCUGUUUUCAACAAGACCCUCAGCCGCAAUACUGUGGCCACAGAAUAA